AGGAGAGCACAGGAGGAAGAUGCCGGGCUUGCUAUGGGACGGCUGGAGGCUGGCGAUAGCGAAUUGGUUGCGAACGCCGGACUCGGGGCUGGGACCGCGGCUGUACCAGAUGCACGUGGUGCAGCAGAAGAGAAUCAGCAAGUCCCCUCUGCUUUCUGCUGCCAAGGACAAUAAAGAGAAGGACAUUUAUAAACUGGUUCAGUGUCCCUCUGUUGAUCUGUUUGAAAUAGGUGCAAUGGGGGAGACAGCACUUCACGUGGCAGCCAUGCACGAUAGCAAUAAGGCAGUGAUGGCACUCCUUCAGGUGGCUCCUGAGCUCGUGAACAUUUCAGUCACCGGAAAGUUAUACGAAGGAGUAACAGCCCUUCAUAUCGCUGUGGCGAAUGAGAAUGUGAGUCUGGUGAAAGAAUUGAUCAGGCGAGGAGCAGAUGUGGCCACAUCUCGGGCAACUGGCACCUUCUUCAGCCGCAGCAGAGGAAGUGUUAUGUAUUAUGGGGAACAUGUGUUGUCCUUUGCUGCCUGUGUUGGAAAUGAAGAGCUAGUCCAAAUCUUGAUUGAAAAUGGAGCAGACAUUACAGCACAAGAUUCCUUGGGUAACACUGUUCUACACAUUCUGGUGCUGCAGCCAAGGAGCACCUUUGUCCCACAGAUGUAUGAUUUAAUUCUAUCCUAUGAUGAGCCGGAGAGCGAGACUGCAGUUGAUACCAUUGUCAACAAAGAUGGUCUCUCUCCCUUCAAGCUCACUGCAGCUGAAGGAAACAUUCAGAUGUUCCAGCACCUAUUGAAGAGGAAGGAGAAGGAUGCCCUAAUGACCUAUAGCCCCAUCUGCAGCAUGUACUACAACCUCUCCGAGAUCGACUCCUGGGGCGAUGACCACUCUGUGCUGCAGCUGGUGAUCUCCAGUGAAAACAAGGAGGCACUGAAAAUUUUACGCCUUUCCCCAAUGAAAGAACUCAUCCACCUGAAGUGGAAUGACUAUGCAAUAUAUUAUAUCCGGAUCCUGGCUUUCCUCUAUCUUAUUUACAUCACCAUCUUCACAUUCUGCUGUGCUUAUCGGCCACUGAAACCCAGGCCCAGCAACGCAACUAGUGAGAAAGACUCCGCAUUAUAUGUUGAGAGAACCCUACAGGAAAGUUACCAGACUAAUGAGGACUACUUGCGACUGCUGGGCGAGAUUAUCAGUGUGUUUGGAGCAACUGUCAUCCUGCUGCUGGAAGUUCAUGAUGUAUUGAGAUACGGACCAAAGAAAUACUUUGGUAGAACUGUGCUGGGUGGGCCAUUUCAUGUCAUCAAUAUCUGCUAUGGUGUCAUGGUCCUGGCUGUGCUAGUGCUGCGGCUGACAUCAAUGCCUGGUGAGACUGUCCCUAUGUCCUUCGCCCUCAUCCUUGCCUGGUGUAACAUGAUGUACUUUGCUCGAGGCUUCCGUUUGACGGGACAAUUCACCAUUAUGAUCCAGAAGAUAAUAUUUGAGAUUACACUGCCAUUCCUUGUAUUGAUGCUCAUUGUGCUCCUGGCUUUCACAUUCAGUACCCAUCUAUCAUUCCAAGUCUUGGAUCCUGCAAAGUGGGAAUAUUAUGUGGAUUUUAGCACUGUUCUUUUCACUAUGUACCUCCUCUUUUUUGGGCUUGUCAACAUGCCGCUCAACUGGGAAGUGAUUUUGCCUGACAUGGCAAUGUUCCAAUAUGCGAUGUACACCCUCCUUGCUUUUGCCAUCAUGGUCUUCCUUGUUAUCCACAUGAUGAAUGAACUGAUUCGACGGAUUGCAAGGGAGCGUGAAGACAUUUGGAGAGCACAGGUUGUUGCCACAGUUCUCCUCCUUGAGCGGCGACUCCCAACCUGGUUGUUUCCUCGUCUGGGAAUUUGUGGAACACAGUAUGGACUUGGAGAUAGCUGGUAUAUGUGGGUGGAUAGCAGGAAUGACAACGCUGUCUUGGAGAUCCCAUCUAACAGCAAGACUGCGGAAAUAAAGAGCCAGGAUGAAAGGACAGAGAAAGAAGAAGCAUUGGUCAAAAACAAAAACAAACAGAGGACUCGCCAGGGGUGGCACAUGGUGAGGCAGAGAAGGAUGGGCCAGAACACCAGUGAUCUGUACAAUGAGAGCUACAAUGAGGCUGAUCACAUUUAACAUUCCUGGGAUGUUUCAUUUGCUUUUCUUCUAGUUGGUGGACUCAGUGACAAACUAAACAUUGGUAGUUGUGUGUCUGCAGAAUAUUUGGGUCAAUCUUACCUCACUGGCUGAAGAUAAUCCUCUUUUGGUUUAAUUGUAAGUUUCUCAAGAAUUAUGCUAUGGCUAUGCAUAUCUCAUGACUACCCACACAGUAUCAUUCAUUAAGAGUGUCUGUCUCAGUUGUAUUAUAUAUCCAUCUAUAUGUUGUCCAAUAUGAUCCUAUGAUUCUCACAUCCACAACAGUGCACGGGAACAUUAAUUCAUUAUGUUUGUUGACUGAAAAGGCUAGCAGAAUUUCAGAAGUGCAAGCAACAAAUGUAGAUAACUCUCACAAUGGAAAAGAAUUCUGUGUCCUAAAGUUGUGUUUUUGGAGCGCUGAGCAGGCAGCACAUCCUGUCCAAAUGUCAGACUGGAGGAACAAGGGAAAAAUAGUGUAAUUGGGACAUCAAAGGACUCAGGCCUCAAGCUGCAGAGUCACUCGCUUUUCAGCCACUAGAGGAGAGGCAUCUGAGACAUUGUGCUCUACUGGGGGCGGCAUAGCGCAGUUGUGAUGACUGAAGAUUUAAAAUGGGCUGAAGGGUUUGCACUAUAUAAACAUACAUUGGUCUGGUUGUGUUUUCACUAAUCUGUACGUGCUUGUAUAUGCGAGGACUGGGCCUCAAAGUUAGAAUAUGCAUAGUUUGCAUCGUUGUAUUUUUACUGAUAUUCUAUAUGGGUUUGUCAACAUGGACUAGGCAUCAAGCCAUGGUGUCGCAGGGGGAGGUGGGUGCUGGGACUCCUAUUAUUUGAUUCUAGUC